UUGAUCCUGUCCCCCACGACAUCCUUAUAACAAAGCUGAGGAAGUGUGGGAUGGAUGAGUGGACAGUGAGGUGGGUUAAGAACUGGCUGACUGACAGAGCACAGAGGGUCGUUGUUGGUGGUGCAGAGUCCGGUUGGAGGCCUGUAAGCAGCGCUGUUCCUCAGGGGUCGGUGCUGGAUCCUUGUUCAACAUCUUCAUCAAUGACCUUGAUGAGGGGAUGGUGGCCACCCUCAGCAAGUUUGCUGAUGAUACGAAGUUGGGAGGAUUGGCUGAAGGCUGUGCUGCCAUUCAGCGAGAGCUGGACAGGCUGGAGAGCUGGACAGUAAGAAACCAGAUGAGGUUUAACAACAGCAAGUGUAGAGUCUUGCAUCUGGGGAGGAAUAAUUCCAUGCACCGGUACAGGUUGGGGGAUGAGCUGCUGGAGAGGAGCUCUGCACAGAGGGACCUGGGUGUCCUGGUGGACGGCAGGUUGCCAUGAGCCAGCAGUGUGCCCUUGUGGCCAAGAGGGCCAACGGCAUCCUGGGGUGCAUUGCAAGGAGCGUGGCCAGCAGGUGGAGGGAGGCGAUCCUCCCCCUCUGCUCUGCCCUGCUGAGGCCUCACCUGGAGCACUGCGUCCAGUUCUGGGCUCCCCAGCACAAAACAGACAGGGAGCUCUUGGGAAGAGUCCAGCGGAGGGCCGAAAGAUGGUGAGGGGCCUGGAGCAUCUGUGCUAUGGGGAAAGGCUGAGUGAACUGGGUCUGUUCAGCAUGGAGGAAAGAAGGCUGAGAGGGGACCUGAUCCAGGUCUGUAAAUAUCUGAGGUGUGGGGGGCAGAAUGGCGAGGCUGGACUCUUUUCAGUGGUGAGUGGAGACAGGACAAGGGGAAAUGGUUGGAAACUGCAGCAUAGGAAGUUGUGCAGCAAUGUGCGAAGGAACGGCUGUGCAGUGAGGUGAGGAGCACUGGAACAGGCUGCACAGGCAGGUGGUGGAGUCUCCUGCUCUGGAGAUGUUCCAGACCUGCCUGGAUGCCGACCUGUGCAACCUGCUGUAGGAACUGCUUGGGCAGGGGGUUGGACUCCAUGAGCUCUGCAGCUCCCUUCCAACCCCUACAGUUCUGUGAUGCUGUGAUUUCCGGCGUCGCUCGGCUCGGCUCGGCUCCUCUCGGCCGCGGCAUGGCCCCGCCGGCGGGGGACGUGUCCCGGGAGCUGCAAGAAAGCAUCCGCCGGGCCCUGGGGCGGCCCCGCAUCCACCUGCUGCUGCGUGCCCGCCUGGAGACCAAACCCCGUCGGCUGGAGGAGAGGAUCCUGGCCCUCACUGCCUGGCGCCUGCACCUCUUCGGCCCCACAACACCGGCCAAGCAGGGUUUUCAUUCUGCUGAGCCCUUUCCCACCUGUUUGCACAAAGAUUGCCAUGAGAAAUUGCACGUGGAUUUGCAUGCCCAUCUGUGUGCCCACGUGCACAAAGGUUGCUGUUUGCUGCCAGGCCGAAGGUUCCCUGAGCGUGCUGGAGAUUCGCUGCAUCAGUGCCACCAGCCCCACCCAGUGCCUCCCAGUACACCCAGUUCCUAGGUGCGCCUGGACACGGAGCGGGGUCCCCUGGCCCUGGCCCUUGCCAGCCCUUCUGCUGCCGCCUGCCUGGCCCGGGAGCUGGGAGCCGCCCUGGGGCGGGCCCUGCCCUGUGCCCCCCCCGUGUGAGCCAUGCUUGGGAUGUGCUGGGAGAGGGUUGGGGCGGGCGGUGGGGGGGAGCACCACCCAGGGAACCUUGAGAGGUCCGUGGGGAAAUCUUGGGGGGUCCUGGGGGAUCAUUGGGCCGCGUUCGCGCUGUUCUCUGCGCCGCUCUCGGCAGCGCUUCUGAUCUCCGUCCCCGGCGCCCCGCGGUCCCGCCGUGCAGCGCCGUUCCCCAGCACAGCUCCGCCUUUGCACGCUCCCUGCCACGGGCGGGUCGACGAGCAGAGUCGGGACCCUGAACUUCAGGAGGGCAAACUUCUGUCUGCUGAAGGAACUGCCGGGUGCGAUCUCCUGGGAAACUGUGCUUAAGGGCACAGGAACAGAACUGAGCUGGCAGCUCUUCAAGGACAGAGGGGGAUUAAAAAGAUGAUCAAAGGGCUGCAGCACCUCCCUACAAAGAGAGGCGGAGGGAGCUGGGCUCUUCAGCAUGGAGAAAAGCAGCUGCGGGGUGACCUCAGUGCAGCCUGCAGUGCCUGAAGGGAGCCUAAAAACAGGAGGGGAGUCAAAUCCUGGAAAGGGGAGAUGACAGCAGGAUGAGGGGAAAUGGUUUGAAGCCGAGGGAGGGCAGCUGGAGGUUGGAUGUCAGGGGAAGUUGUGUGCUGUGAGAGCGGGGAGGGGCUGGAACAGCUGCCAGAGAGGCUGUGAUGCCCCGUCCAUCCCUGGAGGUGUUGGAGGCCAGGUUGGAUGGGGCCCUGGGCAGCCUGGGCUGCUGUGCAAUGCGGAGGUUGGUGGCCCUGCGUGUGGCUGCAGGGCUGCAGCUUCGUGAUCCUUGAGGUCCCUUCCAACCCGGGCCAUUCUGUGAUUCUGUGACACCCUUCUGCGAGCACAAGAGCUCUCCACCCCCCAGCAGAAGAAACUGAGCAGAGGAGGCGGGCGGCCGGCAUGGCUGAGCAAGGAGCCACAGCUGAAUCUGAGGGAAAAGAGGGAAAUGUACAGGAAGUGGAAGCAGGGUUGUGUAGCCUGGGAGGAACACGGGGCUGCUGUGUGCGUGUGCAGAGAUCGAUUAGGAAAGGCAAGGUGCAGAUGGAGCUGAACUUGGCGAGGGAUGUGAAAGAUAACAAGAAGGGGUUGUGCAGGUGCAUAGGCAGGAGGAGACAGGCCAAGCAGAGCGUUCCCCUCUGAUGAAAGGCAACGGGGAGCUGCCUUCCUCAGACAUGGGAAAAGCUGAGGUGCUCCAUGAGUGCUUUGCUUCGGUCUUCACGGGUGGUCAGGCUCCUCCCCAUGCCUGCCACGACCCUGAAGCUCCAGGUGUGGGUGAGAGCAGCCGAUUCCAUCCAGAGGGACCUGGACAGGCUGGAGAAGCGGGCCGUGAAAACGUGAUGAGGGCAAUAAGGCCAAGCGCAGGGUGCUGCAGCGGGUCGGGGCAAUGGCAGCUGUUGAUGCGGGCUGGGCGAAGAUGUCCUUGAGAGCAGCCGUGCGGAGAAGGACUUGGGGGUCCUGGCGGAGCAGAAGCUGGACGCGAGCCAGCAGUGUGCGCUCGCAGCCCGGAAGGACAACCGUGAUCCGGGCUGCGUGAAAACGGGGCGGCCAGCAGCGACAGGGAGGCUCCAGCAGCGGCUCCGGGCGCCCCCGCCGUCCGAGCAGCGCCCAGCGCCGAGAACAGCGGGCAGCAGCGCCCCGUGCGGGAACAC